GCUUGAUUCAGCGGUUGCACACAGUCAUCGUGAUAAACGCGUGUGUAUGUUAUGUUUAAGUUUUGAAAUUCCAAGCUUCUGUAAUCGUUAAACAUUUGAGUCUUAAUACUAGAAUAUAUAUUUAUAUACACACACCGCCGACAUGAAGCUGUUAACACACAACAUGUUAACCUCGCACGUCAAAGGUGUUACCAAAGGAUACCCGCUUAUUAUCAAGGCAACGGAGGUGAAAGUGAAUGAGUUGGACUUCAACGCUCAGUUUGUGAGUCGAAUGAUUCCCAAGCUGGAAUGGCCUGCAUUGGUCCAGGCAGCAGAAUGGCUUGGUCAGUCUCAAGAACUGCCCGACACGCUCAUACCCGACUACGAGAAUGAUGAGGAGUUCCUACGCAAAGUUCACAGAGUUCUUCUAGAGGUGGAGGUUAUAGAGGGAUGUUUACAGUGUCCCGAAUCUGGCCGAGAGUUUCCCAUCUCUAAAGGUGUUCCCAACAUGUUACUCAAUGAAGGAGAGUAGAUUAAGAUGCUACACUCAAUCUCAAAAGAAAAGAUCCCCAGAUGUUUUGUGUAGACAUUUGUGGUUCCACUUUCUUCAAAGAAGAAACACAAUUCACAAGUUAUUUGGAAAUACUCAGCCAGGUGCAAUUACUGUCUUGGUGUUGCUUCACAUUUGGUUGCUAUGAAAAUAUAUACAGUUUUUUUCUGUCAUUGUUUGUUGUGCUUUGUAAAAUAUCAAAUAAAUUUGUACUGAUUGAA